UCAGCCCUGCAGGCACGCUGGCUCAAUGCUGGGUAAAGCCUCAGGUCACACUGCCAAUGGUCGCCUGAGGCUGGGCACAGACGCCCUUCAGGCAGGGUGGGAGAGCUCUUGGUUCUACUUAUUCCCUGGACUCAGCUGGGUGUCACACACAUGUGGCUGCUGAGCUGGGUUUCCAAGGGCCAGGUGGCUGAAGGGACAAGGGGACACUCCUUCCACCAUCUCAAGACCCAGGGCAGGAGACAAACUGCAGAAUGGCAGGCCCAGGUAACCAACCUCCAGACACUCUCAUAGCUCAACCACGAAGCUUUAAUCACCGAGCUGGGACAAUGUCUGGAUGCCAGGUGAGCUGUUCCAACACUGACAGCUACUUGAGCCAUCCCAGCAAUAUGUCCUUUUCCGCCCGCACUCCAAGCUGGGCCCAAGCCACCAGCCUGCACAGGGUUAACAGCCUCAAGCACCCCUGCACUCCAAGUGGCUCUGGCCCAGAGUUCAGCAGCCGCAGCAACCACUCUGAGUGGUCCCACAACCCCAGCUCCCCAAGGCUUCUACUGAGGAGAAUCUGCCUGGGCCAGCCCUACAAUUCCAAGUGCGUAGAAACCAGUCAUCUGAUGUAUCCCAAGGUGGCCAGAAAGUCCUCUGGUCGUGGCAGCCCCUACUGCCUCCUCUGUAUGGACCAUCCCUCGGGCCCCUCCAGCCCUACCUUCCUGGACCAAUGCAUCAAAGGCAUCAACUACUUGGACCGAUCCGCCAACGCCGUCUACAACAACAGUCGCAGAACAUCGCUGAGCUUGCCAAAGCUUGCAGCCAGCUGCCUGGAACGAGCCACCAACUCCCUCAACCUGGACCACCUGGAUCACUCCGUGCCCCGAAGUUACUCCAGCCCCAGUGCCAGCAUGGCCAGCCCUGACAACUCCACCACCAGCAUCAGCAUUGUGCCGUCCCACAGGGGAGCCAAUGAUUUGCGGUGCCUGGACGAUUCCACCAACACAAGCCAGCACAGCUCUUGCCGGCACCUCAGUCCUGUGCUGCCCCGGAGGUCACGUAAAAAGUUACCUGACCCCCCUUUGUUUGGCAAUGGGCUCUUUUCCUUGGGUCGUCUGCCCAAGUUCUGGGAAGCAAUCCGCUCAGACUGGAGCACCCCCGAGCCCGUCUCCAAACCCUCGAGCUGGUGGUGACAUUGACACCAACCAUGAAAUGGGCAUGUGUCCAUCAAGCUGGAGUUGUGGAAAAUAAAUUGU